ACAGGCGAUCGUAUUGCUGUCUCAUUCAAUCGAAAAAUCGAAAAUAGAGAAAAGCACAUGCACUUCGUGAGCUUUUCGUAAUUCAUUUGCAGCUAUUCGAGGAUGGAAGUUGGGUGCGCGUCAAUGCAGUAGCUACGUGGUUGAAUUCAAAUCAAUUUCCAGAUAAGAAUGGACUACAAACGAGUGGGCGAGGCAUCGCCUCCAUCAUAUUCGGAAGUUUCCCCUUCGGCUCCACCGCCAGAAGUGGACUCUAUGCCGGCACAGCACCUAUAUCCACCGGUUCCACCGCACCAACAGGUAACACCAUAUCAACCGGUGCCUCAAAUGCCGCCGCCACAAGCCCCAGUUCCAGUUCCAGUGAACGUGGUGCACCACCACACCACUGUGCUGGUGGACACUCCCGGACAGGGAAUGAUCUGCCCCAAAUGCAACGCCCGGAUUCGUGUACGCACGGAGCAUCAUGCCACUGGAAAGACUUACCUUUUGGCAGCCCUGCUCUGCCUGUGUCUUUGCUGGCCAUGCGUAUGUGUUCCUUGCUGCUGCAACUGCUGCUACAAAACCAGCCAGUUCUGCCCCAACUGCAACGCCUGCCUUGGAUCGUUCUGAAGACUCACAUUACAAUCAUUAUUAUCACAGACUAUACAUAUAAGAACUUCUCAAAGAAUGCUUGCACACUGACAUAAUUAGCAUACACAUACAUAGAAACUUAUGUAUCUUGAAUCAAAAAUAAAGUACUAUAUUACUAUAGUAUUAAUUGCAAACAAACAAAUACAUACUAAGCAUUUUCUGGGAAUCCCACUUUCUGAAAUUGCAUUACAAUGCAGUUUUGAUUUUCUUUAUAAACACAAAAGCAUGGUGGCUUCAAGACAUUAACAAUUACAAAUUUAUGGAAUCAGUGUAUUUGUUAAAUUAAGUUUUAAACAUAUUGUAUUUGUUAUUAAAUAAAAUUUUGUAUAAUUCAGUA